AUGAGCGCAACUUCCACACGCUCCUCUCUGUCGCGCCGCUGCUUCUUCUUUUUAUUCUCGCUUCAUUGGAAAGGCAAACGCCGGGAGGCUGCUUUCAGAGCCCGACCCGGGAUGGGCUCUCUCGCGGCCCUGCGGACCGUCCUGGUCCUGGGCCUGGUGACCGGCCUUGCGGGAUGCGCCCCCGGUCUAAACGGAACGGCGGAGCGCUGGGAGGCCCUCUACUCUCGGUCCCUGGCGCGGAUCCCGGGGGAGAAGCGGGACGAAGUCAACCGGGACAGCGACUACCUCCUGGGCAUUAAAAGGUUGCGGCGUCUCUACUGCAACGUGGGGAUCGGCUUCCACAUGCAGGUGUUACCGGACGGUAGAAUAACAGGGGUUCACAACGAAAAUCGUCACAGUCUUCUGCAGAUCUCUCCGGUGGAGAGGGGAGUGGUGACUCUGCUGGGUGUUCGCAGUGGACUCUUUGUGGCCAUGAACCGGCGAGGAAAGCUGUACGGAUCUUUACACUACAACAACGAGUGCAAGUUCAGAGAGAAGCUCCUCGCCAACAACUACAACGCCUACGAGUCGGUGGCUUACCCGAGGAUGUACAUCGGCCUGAGUAAGAACGGCAAAACAAAAAGAGGAAACCGAGUGUCACCCGCCAUGACGGUGACACAUUUCUUGCCAAGAAUCUAG